AUGGCUUCUCAAUCUGUUGACGUCCGUGAGUUGCUCUAGUCCCGGCCGGGAUUUACGGUGAUGUUUGGCCUGACAAUGCGUGUUCUCUGUUGCAGUAAUCAUCGGCGCUGGCCCGACGUAAGCCCCGAACUACUCGGUCCUCGUGCACUGAUCGCCGGCCAACCCGCCCGCCCAUCAUCACGGUCAUACUGAUGAUCCCUCGUGCGAUAAUCGUUCACAGCGGUCUUGGAGCUGCCAAGCGUCUCCACCAACUGGUACUCCACCCUGAUCCUCGGUGUGCCCUACAUCUUCUUCGUACACGCGCUGACCCCUUCCGGGUUCCCGCCACUUCUGCUCUCUCCCAACUACGCGCCCGCCUUUUCUCUCUCGCAGAAACACUCCAACUUCUUAAUUGUCGAUGCGGCUUCCGAAGCAGGUGGAUUGGCUUCGACGGAUACCACCCCCGAGGGUUUCUUGUUUGAUGUAGGAGGGUCAGUCUCCCCAACCCCCUUCUUUUGGGACGAGCCAUCUCGGCGCCACCCUCCGAGCACGAACUUGGGUUUAAGCGUACUGACGCAAUGCAAGUGCUAUGCCGUGUUUCCUUCAAUCAAUAGACACGUUAUUUUCUCCCACUACCUGUAAGUAACUCUUCGUUGCUCGGACCCUCCCUAGCGACCACGGAACGCGCUUCUGGCUUAUUGCGGAAACCGCCGAACGUGGGCUAGAAUUCGGAACGCGCGAGCUUGAACUCUUCCAAACUCACCCUCUCGAUCACCCUCUUCAGCUACUUUGACGAUGUCAUCAACGAGGCAUUGCCCAAGUCGGAUGAUUGGUACGAGCACGAGCGUGUCUCGUACGUUCGCUCAAAGGGCGCUUGGGUCCCUUACCCGUACCAGGUCAGUCACGGGUCUUCAUGUUCCGCCUCAGAAGACAGCACACUGAACCAAGCCCUUCUGUAGAACAACAUUACCAUGUUACCCGUCGAGGAACAGGUCAAGUGCAUCGAGGGUAUGAUCGACGCCGCCGAGGUCCGAUCAAGAUCUGCCGACAAGCCCAAGACGUUCGACGAGUGGAUCAUUCGAAUGAUGGGUGCGUCACAUCUUGUUGAAUCGGGUACGCGAGAAUGAUGAACUGACUCUGAACGUUGCGCUAAUGAUUAGGUGUCGGUUUGGCCGACCUCUUCAUGCGACCUUACAACUUCAAGGUUUGGGCCACGCCUACGACAGAGGUGAGGAAAGAACAUUUGCCGUGAGAGCAACAGGUUACUCAAUUCAACUUCUUUCAUACUUGCAGAUGCAAUGCGAAUGGCUCGGUGAGCGUGUCGCUGCCCCUAGCUUGAAGUUGGUCGUCAGUAACGUUCUCAACAAGAAGACCGCUGGUAACUGGUGAGCGCCCCAGCUUGACUUCCAACGAAAGCUUAACCGAGCUAAUGAAACCACCUUCCGGAUCACCAGGGGUCCCAACGCGACUUUCAAGUUCCCGGCUCGCGAUGGUACCGGAGGUAUCUGGAAAGCCGUCGCAAAGACGUUGCCUCAAGAGCGCUUCUCCUUCAACAAGACCGUCGUCCGCAUCGAAGGCGCCAACAAGAUCGCCCACCUCUCCGACGGGUCCUCCGUCGCUUACCGUUCGCUCAUCUCCACCAUGCCUUUGGACGAGAUGGUUGAACUCGUCGAUGGAGCCGAGAACUUGACCAAGACCUCAAGGGAGCUGAUCUACUCCUCAACUCACGUCAUCGGUGUUGGAGUUCGUGGUGUCUUGCCCCCUCGUAUCGGUGACAAGUGUUGGCUCUACUUGUGAGUUUUCUCCUUAUGAAGACACCGCAAAACGACCCGGAUGCUGAUUGCUUUCAUGCUUCCUCCAGCCCCGAGUCCGACUCGCCGUUCUACCGAGCGACCGUCUUCUCUAAUUACUCGCCUUACAACUGCCCUCAACCCGAAGUCAAGAUCAGGACAAUCCAGACCGCUGAUCCCUCGCUGAGUGGUUCGGUCGACACCAAGUCGGAGCGAGCUGGUCCUUGUGAGUCACACUGCCAUGCUACACCUCUGCGAAGAACAGUUUACUGAUGAACGAACGUACCCCUCUUAGACUGGUCUUUGAUGCUCGAGGUGUCCCAAUCGUCGCAAAAACCCGUUGACGAGGAGAACUUGAUGAAGGACUGCAUCCAAGGCAUGAUCAACACCGGUCUCCUGCAACCGUCGGACGAGAUCGUCUCGACCUACCACCGCAAAUUCCAUCAUGGUUACCCGACCCCUUCCUUGAGUCGUGACGGCCAACUCAAGACGCUCUUGCCCGAACUCAAGGACAAGUACGCCAUCUGGUCGCGUGGACGUUUCGGCUCGUACAAGUACGAAGUCGCGAACCAGGACCACUCGUUCAUGAUCGGUGUCGAGGCUGUCGAUGGGAUCUUGUUCGGUGCACCAGAGAUGACGCUCAACGACCCGGAUUGGGUCAACGGGCGAAGGAACGUCGAGAGGAGGUUGUAG